UUCAGUCUCGUAUCUUGUGAUUGAUGUCACAGGCAUAUGACUCGUGACGUCAUUCAAUAGUUUCCACAUAAAUAUAAGGUGGAAUUGUGAAACAACAUCGUCAAAUAGACAAUCCUUUCAACAGGGAUAAUUCUGAAAGAAUAAAGCUAAGCACAAUGUCUCACAUUUACCCAUCACUGGAGGAUAUGAAGGUCGGCCAGAUGGCACAGGCCCAGGCCCAGUAUGAGCAGCAGGUGUCGGCUCCUCCAGCUGUUGCCUACCCCCACCCCCAGGAGGCCUACCCACCCCAGCAACCACCUGCAUACACCCCAGCUCCUGGGCCAAGCAACACCAUGUACCCAUCUCUACAGGAGUACAUGGGACUACAAAUCACACCCGAGAUGACCGCUUCCAUGGCUGUAGUACCAGCUAACCCAACACAGGUGGCAGUGCGACAGAGUGGGUCAGGCAGCAUGCAGGUUGCCCCCGUCACAGGGAACAACCGGGGUUUGGCUCGGGCCGAGAUCAAGCAGGGCAUCCGAGAGGUUGUCAUGUGCAAAGAUGGCAGUGGCAAAGUCGGACUCCGUGUCAGAAACGUCAACAAUGGUCUGUUUGUGUGUCUUGUGCAAGACAACUCCCCAGCAUCUUUGUCUGGCCUGAGGUUUGGGGAUCAGAUCCUGCAGAUCAACGGGCAGACGGUAGCAGGCUGGGACACAGACAAGGCUCACAAGGAGUUGAAGAAGGCGGCAGCGGAGAGAAUUACCAUGGCUGUCCGAGACAGACCCUUUGAGAGAACAAUCACAAUGCAGAAGGACAGCAAUGGCUACAUUGGCUUCGUGUUCAAGGAUGGGCGCAUCAAGUCCAUUGUGAAAGAUUCGUCCGCCGCUCGUAAUGGAGUGUUGACUGAUCAUCAGCUUACAGAGGUCAAUGGACAGAAUGUAAUUGGUCUAACGGAUAAUCGUGUUGGUGACAUCAUCGACGCUGGCGGCAGGACCAUCACUGUCACACUGGUACCCUGUGUUAUCUAUGACCACAUCAUCAAGUGCAUGGGAGGCUCCCUAUUCAAGAAGAUGGACCACUCUGUCCCAGAGGUAUAACAUGUGAUGUUGCAAACAGACUGAUUGGCAGGUGUCACACCCACCUUGUGAAAACCAUCUACUAUUUGUCUACAUCUGUAUAUAGCUUGCAUGACUUAAUAGACGGCAAGGAGGAUGGUUGUUUCUGAGAAGACUGGUGGUCCCAGGGAAGAUGUGGAUAGCUGUGUAUAUAGGCCAGUCAUUUCAUAAGGGAAACUCAUCUUGGACCAAAUGCUAAAAAACACCCUGAGACAAAAUAUGUACAUAGUGUUAUGUAUAAGCUAUAUCAAAAUUGAAUAUUCAUGAGUAUGGUAAAGAUACAUGUAUUGAUUUGGUUAUGUGUCUUGAAAUAAACACAUUGAAGUAGUUUAUGAUGCACAUUUAUUUCAUACAGUUCUCUUAGUCUUUUGUAAUUCUAGAGUUAAUGAAGUGUUUCUGUAUUUCCCCCCUUUUUUAAUGUUUGAAAUAUUUCCUGUAUGUUUGAAAGUUAUUUUAAGUGUUGAACUUUGGAUAGCUGUUUUCUUUGUUUUCUUUCAGUUCUAGUCACAUGUAAUGUGAAAUGAUUUCAACAUUUGUAUAUUAAGAUCCCAGUGUGCUAUAUUCAUCAGUCCCUUUUGAAGAAUUUCAUUCACAAAAUAUUUCAUCCACAGAUCUGAUCGGAAUUAGUCCUACUAAUCAUGACUUGUGGUCAUGAAGUUUUUGAUCUUGAACUUGCAGGGCAAUGCCAAGCUUUUAUUUUUAGUAUUGUUUUAGAACUAUUUGAGUCAAACGACCCCUGCAAAAUUCCACUUUGACAGGAUUGGAUACUUGAUAUUUAUCAUUACAAGUAAGUCAAGCAAUCAAGUUUUCUGAGAAUAUUUUGUGCCUUUGGUCCAUUCAUCUUGUACAUUUUACAAGAGAAUGGGGGUAAGUUCGUCAACAAGGAAUUUCUUUACAUACCCCGGUACUUAGAAUUCUAUGUGUCCAUCACUUUCAACACAACAGAUUGAUGUCAUUAAUGUUUGGUAAGUGAAAUGCAUAUUAUCAGAAAAAAAGCUCAAUGUGUUGAGUCCAGAUUCAGUGUUAUUAUUUUGGGGUAAGACCUGAAUGUUUACUCAAUGUCAAACACAUGCAAAUCAUUUAGUUCUUUUGGGCAGAUGGAUCAUUGGACCGGUCCAUGAUCGAGUCAGGUGUCUGAGAGUGUUUGUACCGUUGUUUGUGUUGAGAAUUCACCUUAUGAUGCACAGUUAUUGCGGUCCUGUGACUGUGAAAUAGGUCAAUCUUGGCACCACCAGAAAGACAGCAGCACUAGUGGACUUUGUGAUAAUAGUUUGUGUUGUUUUUUUUCUUGUCAGUAGCUGGACCUAUGCAGGUUAAUUAAGGCACAGCUUAUCACAGUCGUGCUUUGGAUUAACAAGUUAUUGUUUGUACAAGAUUUUUAAUUUCUUCAAGUUUGAUGUCUCCUUUUGUCACUCAGUGCUAUAUGUGAUUUUUAAAAAGAAUAAUGUAUAAUCUAUGAUCAUGUUGAAAUUUACUUUGUUAAACCAUUGCAUAAUUAUUCAUGCAACAUUUUUAUGUAGCUAUGCUCCUGGAGAGUCAACUUGAAUAAAACUAAUAACAGCUA